GAAUGAGAGUUAUCUUGUUGAUAUAAAUACACUUUGUUCGAUCGAUUCACUUUCAGAAGUAUUGAAAUUUGCACAAGAUGUUUAUACUUUCAAUUAUAUUUCUUUUUAGUGUUUUGAACUUUGAUAGUUUUAUCAAUGGAGACUCAGGGGUGCACGUGCAUGUCUACAGGUUGGCAGAGUAUCCUCCGAUAUCUAACAAUGCUGGUUGGGAGAAAGUGUUCGAUAAAAGAAUAACAUCUAUAUUACCUUUACAUCAGCAUCAAGGAAAGAGUUAUUACAUGGGAACACACUUUGAGGCUACCUUCCAUGAAGCCAUUCAAUUCUGCAAUGAAAUCCAUAUGAAACUAUUGGCAAUACGUUCAGCUGAAGAGAAUGAGAGGAUUUUCAAAUAUAUCAGAGAAGCCAGUAAAGGUGGUGAUUACUGGUCAUCAGGUACAAGACUAGUCGAUGGAUACACCUGGCUGUGGUUACCCUAUGCUGAACCCAUUGACUUCACAAGAUGGGCCGAAGGUGAACCGAAUGAUAUUGAUGAGAAAUGUUUACAUCUAUUCAUUGAUGAUGGUCGUCUCGAGUGGAAUGACAAUUCCUGUGAUAGACGAUUUCAUUUCAUUUGUGAGAGAUAUAACAAUCAGUCCAAUUCAAGAUCCACACUGUAAUUUUCAUUUAUUUAUAUGAAACUCUAAGUAUAUUAUUCGAAACAUUGA